AAAUUUAAAAAAAUAAAAAAGAAGCACGUGUCUACCCUGUGUUGUCGAGUCGUUCUAGGAAUUUACGUAACCCUCACGACGUGGCUAUCGUCAUCGACUCCCCUGGUUCUUCCCCCGACCCUUGCUACUCCCCAGCGGCGCGUCGGUGCGUCACCGGGCCGGUCCACAGUCCGCGCGGGCCCCGGGCGGCGAGGCUACUUAAGUGAGGGGCAGCCGAGGGCGAGACGACAACAACCCGCCAUGUGGCCGCCCGUCAGGAACCACGCCACCGGCCACGUUCACCCGGACAGGCUGCUGGCGGACCAAGAGGAGGCCAGUCGCAGCCAGUUGAGCCGCUGCUUGCCGCAAGCGUGCCUGGGCAGCGUGGUUGCCCUGCCGGGGCGCGCCGGUCGCGAUCCCCGGCCCAAGCAGGAGGUCCUGGCCUCGGCCAGAGACUUCCUCUCCCAGUACCACGCCUCGCUGAAACAGAAUGCAGGGGAGCUGGAGAUCCGCUGGAAGCAGGUCCAGAGAGAGGUUGCAGCCACCGGAGUGUACGAGCUGACGGAGAAGGAGCUGCUGUUCGGUGCCAAGCUCGCGUGGAGGAACUCCGUGCGAUGCAUCGGCAGGAUACAGUGGAACAAGCUCAAGCUGUUUGACUUCCGUAAUGUUAAAACGACAAAAGAGAUGUUUGAAGCAUUGUGCACGCACAUAGAGUUCAGCACAAAUAAUGGAAAUAUUAGGUCAGCAAUCUCUAUAUUCCCUCCACGUACUCCCGGCAAGAAAGACUUCAGAGUGUGGAAUCCUCAGCUCAUCAGCUAUGCCGGCUACCAAAACACGGAUGGUUCGAUUGUUGGAGACCCCAUCAAUGUGGAGAUCACACAGGUCUGCUGCAAACUGGGCUGGUGCGGUCGAGGGACCCAGUGGGACAUCUUGCCUCUGGUCGUGUCCACCGCCGAGGAAGGACCUCACUACUACGAGCUGCCGCCGUCGCUGGUGCUCGAAGUGCAGCUCUCACACCCCACGUUCGACUGGUUCGAGAGACUCGGGCUGAGGUGGUACGGGCUGCCGGCAGUAUCCGGGAUGCUGUUCGACUGCGCUGGCCUGGAGUUCACGGCCGCUCCGUUCAACGGCUGGUACAUGAGCACCGAGAUCGGUUGCAGGGAUCUCUGCGACUCCCACAGAUACAACUGCCUGGAGAUGGUUGGUCAAGGCAUGGAGAUGGACACUUCUUCUCCGGUCAACCUGUGGAAAGACAAAGCACUGGUAGAAGUCAAUGUUGCAGUGCUACACAGCUUUCAGAGACGCGGCGUGACGAUCGUGGACCACCACACGGCGUCUGCCAACUUCAUGAAGCACCUGGAGAACGAGCAGCGCGCCAGGGGCGGCUGUCCCGCCGACUGGGUGUGGAUCGUGCCGCCCAUGUCCGGUUCCUUGACGCCGGUGUUUCACCAGGAGAUGCUCAUGUACCAGCUGAAGCCUGCCUUCGAAUACCAGGAAAGUGCUUGGAAAGUUUGCAGCUGGAAGGGAAAUGCCAAACGUAAGAACAGCUUGAAAUGUAAGAAGUUUACCUUCAAACAGGUGGCCAGAGUUGUCCUACUGACCACAAAGCUUAAUCGCUCUGCUCUCUUUCGGCGCAUCAAAGCAACAGUGUUGUACGCAACGGAGACAGGCAAGUCAGAAAUAUUUGCCAGGAAACUGGCAGAGAUCUUCAACCAUGGAUUCAACUCCAAAGUCUACUGUAUGGAAGACUACAACGUUAACGACUUGCAACAAGAAUCCUUGGUGCUUUUCGUAACGUCGACAUUCGGCAACGGAGAUGCACCUGAAAACGGAGAGGCAUUCUUUCGAAAUCUGGAGUCAAUGAGAGCAAAUCAGACCUUACUCAGUGACUUUGAUGAGAAACUAGAGAUGAAAAAAUCAUCUGUUAUGGAGAUUCUCUGCGCAAACGCACAAACAGACAAUAUCAAUCACGGCUCACAAAAUACAGAUGAAGAAAAUACUAAGAUAAAUGAUAAUACGGAAAGAAAUGAUGUGGUUGAUAACAUUAUCAACGCAAAUCUCUGCAAUGACUCUACUAACAUGGACACAUCAGACUACGAUAGCAAUACAUCUAGUAGAGUUGGCCUGGAAAUGGUAAAUGGAAAUGUUAACAGUGUUAGUAAACAGUUUAAUCUCAUAAACUAUGAACAGGACAAUAAGAAAGAAACUGAAAAUGGUUACACAAAAAAUAUUACUCAAAAUGAUUGCAACAACAUAAAAUCAGAGACAGUAAAUGAUCUUCAGAAGAUGCAGCGAAAUGAAGAUGAUGUCCUCAAUGCUGAUGAGAUGAAAAAUAAUUCAGAAUCUGCCAUUUUAGACAUACUUUCAGAGAUCAAAGAAUAUGACAAACUGAAAAGUCAAAUAGGUCAUAUUCAGACGAUAAAGAGCAACAUUGUGGAAGCACUCGCUCAGAUAAGCAGUAAACCUCUUCAGAAUGUCAGAUACUCUGUGUUUGCUCUCGGCUCGAGCGUUUACCCCAACUUCUGUGCUUUCGGGCACAACCUGGACCAACUGCUGGCCCGCCUGGGCGCAAAGCGACUCCAGAAGGUCGGUGAGGGAGACGAGAUGAAAGGGCAAAAGAUAGCGUUCAGGAAAUGGGCAUCUAAAGUGUUUCCCGCGGCAUGCAAAGAGUUCAAGGUAGAAGACAACAGCCAAUUCAUUCAAGACACAUUCAAAUCAAAACUUUCUGUGGACACUGUGCGCUUCGUGAAGACGAAACAAUACCAGCUGGACCACGCGCUCUCAAAAUAUCACAACAGAAAAGUUUCAGCGUGCAGAGUACUGAGAAGAACUAACUUGCAUUCAGCUGAAGAAAGCCGCUCGACUCUGCUGCUGGAGCUCGAAAGUGGCGCAGAGCUGACUUACCAGCCUGGGGACCACGUGGGGGUGUUCCCUAGCAACAGAAAGGAAAUAGUUGACGGGAUCCUAUCCCGUCUGACUGUCAGAGUUGAUCCUGAUGUCCCCGUGCAAGUCCAAGUCCUCAAGACCGGUGUCGUGAAGACUUGGGAGCCCCACGAGACGCUGCCCCCCUGCUCGCUGCGGAACCUGCUCACGUGGUUCCUGGACAUCACGACCCCUCUGGCCCCGAUACAGCUGGAGAGCUUGGCCCGGAUCGCGACCGACCCGGAGGAGCAGCGCAGGCUCAAGCAGCUGGCCUCAGACCCGGGCAAGUACGACGCGUGGCGCAGCUGGAGGUUUCCCAACCUCCUGGAGGUGCUGCUGGAGUUCCCCUCGGUGCGGCCCACGGCUUCGCUGCUGGUGGCGCACCUGAACCGCCUCCACCCCCGCUUCUACAGCGUCUCCUCGUCGCCCCGCGUCUACCCCCGCCAGGUGCACCUCACCGUGGCGGUCGUCAAGUACGCCACGCAAGGGGGCGAAGGACCACUCCACUAUGGUGUAUGCUCGAACUACCUCCAAGACUGCAUGCUUGGCACGAACAUUCAUCUGUUUGUCAGAAGCGCGCACAACUUCUCACUGCCAGUGAACAUAUCGCAGCCGGUCGUGAUGGUGGGCCCUGGAACAGGCAUCGCACCUUUCCGAGGGUUCUGGCAGCACAGGAUGGCACAGCUGCUGGCCAUGCGAGACUCAGGUAUUCAGCCUGGCAAAAUGUGGCUGUUUUUUGGCUGUCAGAGGAACACCAUGGACCUCUACAAGGAAGAGAAAGCAGCCAUGCUUGAGAAAGGCGUGCUGGACAAAGUGUUUCUGGCUCUUUCACGGGAACCUGGAGUUCCAAAGACAUACGUACAAAAUCUAUUGCUGGAACAAUCUUCUGACAUCCAUCGCAUGCUCACCCAAGAAAGCGGCCACUUCUACGUGUGUGGGGACUGUAAGAUGGCCGAAGACGUCCACCAAACAGUUGAAGCAAUCCUCAUGGAUCGGGGCAACAUGACACAGAUUGAAGUGGACAAAUUAAUGCACAACCUGAAGGAAGAAAAGCGCUAUCAUGAAGAUAUAUUUGGAAUCACUUUGCAUACAACAAGCAGAAUGAAAAAAGCUUCCCUCACUGAAAAGGCAAUUGAAAUUGGUGGAAAUUUUGCAGCCUAAAUGAAAACAAUAAACAAAGUUGUAGAAGCAUUAUCAGUUGCAUGUACUGACGUGUCUCGCCUGUUCCCCCGGUGAAGGUGAAGAGUCGUGGGUUCAAGUCCUGUGCGCCGGCUAGCCGAUGCACUAUCUCUCAUGGGGUGGGUGUGGGCCACACGGCUGGGGGACAGGGGACCAUGGGAAAUGACGGUAAACUCCGUUUGUAAUAUGUUUGUUUUACUCCACUCAGCAACUCUGUACACCCUGAAAAUGGUGUAACGAAAGUUGGCGUCACUGGUCAAGCACACUGACGUUGUACCCAACAGUGGGGACACGAAAGACGAUCAGUUCGUACAAGAAACUCGUUAAAUAUGGCCACGCAGUGCCGAGUGCACCAUUUACACUGAGCUUAUUGGUUACAUGUUAUGCUUAGGCAGAGGGCCCCUGUAGGUCCACGUCCCGCAGUAACAUUACACUCCCCUCCUGCUAAGCCCGAAGUUGAAAUGAUAGUUCACACGUUCAGCUCGGAGGCAGCCCUGUGCGGGCAACGUCCAAAACCUGCAGCAGGCCCGCGGAGACCGAGGAGAUGUGGCCCCUCAACUACGAGAUCACUUAGUACCGGCGCAUGGGGCAUUACAGAAAUAUAAUUACACUGAGCGGCUGACUGGGUAGGCCAAGUUGAGUGGAGGCCGGCCGCGGAGCGAAUAAAACAGUUCUGGGUGACUUGCGUCUAUUGCAGUUACGACGGAAGGAGACGACAGAAUGCUGAAGGCUCCGCGAUGCACGAUCGCAUCCGGCCUCUGCGCAGACAGAGCGAUGACUGAGCUGGCCUCGCGCGGUGCGGCCAAUUCCGUAGACGGAAGCACACAGUGGAUAAUAAGUUGUUUGAUUUAUGAAACAUAAUAACACGACAAAAUCCUUUAAAAUUACAUUCGAUAAUUACUUAAAUUCAUAUCUGGCAGAUUAAUACACCACGUCCCCACGAAGGAACAUGAAAAUGUCAUGUGAUAGCCAUGCGGGCGGCUGUCGAUAUAUCGGCCGCGAGGCCGUUCUCUCCGCUGCACUUUACACGUUCGUAGCACUGCACCGGUGAGAGAAGGGAGGGCCGGGCACAGCCCCGUAUUAACGGCAAUGGGCAACAACGGCCUAAGCAACCAGAGGGAGCACUAGAGGUAACGUCAGUACAUAUACAUAAAAAAGGAAAUCAUUUUUCUUUCAACUUUUUAUAAUAUAUCUGCAAUUACUUCCAAAUAUCCAGUAACCAAUCACUCUGAAAUUAUUAUUAGUGUACUGUAUUUUGUAAUUUUUUAUAAGUGAAAUGAAAUGUAUUGAAUUGUUACUAAGAAAUUUUUUCCAUAAAAUUAUGAGAAAUUUAAUUUUUGUACUGACACGUAGACGGGAAUGUAGACAGGAAUUGUGGAAUAAAACAAUUCCUUCACAA